AUGACAGUCGAUAUUACUUAUAUUGGUGUUGCUACAACAGUUAUUGACAUUAAUGGUGUGCGUUUCUUAACAGAUCCAUGUUUUGAUCCUGCUCAAAAAUAUGAUAUGGGUAUUGCUGUUCUAGAAAAGACAAUUGAUCCAGCUAUUAAAAUUAACGAAUUACCUCCAAUUGAUGCUAUUUUACUUAGCCAUGAGGAUCACCCAGAUAAUCUGGAUACAACAGGGAGAACUCUGCUACCAGGCCGUCAUGUCUUCACUACCACAGACGGUGCUAAAAAUCUUACCGGUAACCCUGGGGUUUUAGGUCUCAAACCUUGGGAAAAGACAAUUAUUGAACUUCAAGGCCAAAAAUUUACCAUUACCGCUACCCCUUGUGUACAUUUAGAAGGUGGUGAGGUAAUUGGCUUUGUUAUUGAGUCCCAAUCCUUAGGAACAGGUUCAAAUGGAAAACCUAAUGCAGUUUACUUCUCAGGUGAUACCAUAUAUUUGCCAGAAUUGAAAAAGAUCAGAGAACAAUGGAAUGUUAAAGCUUCUAUUUUUAAUGUCGGUGUGGCAAUGGGCCCACCUAAUGAAAACCAUAGUGAACCAUACAAGAUUACAAUGGAUGGGAAAGACGCUGCUGUUCUAGCAAAUGAAUUAGAUACCGAUUAUGUUAUCCCUGUUCAUUUUGAAGCUUGGACACAUUUUGCCCAGAACGAAGAGGCAUUGAAGAAGGAUUUACAAGAUGCUGGUAUCAUGGACAAAGUUGUCUGGUUACCAAAAGAUGGUAAACCUAUAAAUAUUUUUUAG